GCGUCUUGUAGUAGUUCAAUGCAGCACGACCCGAGAAGAGGAACAGCUGCUAAUGUCGCUGGAAGUGCAUCAAGUGGGUGUGCUUACAAUGCAAGAGGAGACUAUGUCUGUGGCACAGGACUUAAAGCGCAACAACUAGUAGUACAAGCAAAUGGUUCUCCCCGAAGCCAAAGGAGCUCCACUCUUCCAGAGCUGAUUGACCCUCGUAAUCCUGAUCGACCUGCUUCCAGACUAAAGCCCUCGUUUCGAAACAAGGUAUUCUGCGAGACCGACACGCAUUUUAGUUGUGCCGCUAGUGCAACCUUGAACCUAGCUGGGAAACCACGUUUGUG